AUGUCUUCUCCUUGUAGCUCGAGUUCUCCUCGCGCCAGAGUGUCGCGUCGCGCCGGCGUACGCUCUGAUACCCCUACCGGUGCUCCCCCUCCUCGGCCCCGGCGUCGGCGACGACAUGACAACAUCACCGAUCCUUCCUCCUCCUCCUCCCUUCCCGUCGCUCCCCCGACCAGCACGGCCAUCCCCCGUGAUUACCUCCCCUUUUGCUUCGGUGCCGAGUUCGAGCUGAUCCUGCGACCCAAGUCCAUUGCCUACCCCGACUUUGACGCUCCUACUCGUGUUACCCGCGACUUCAACCUCCGCCUGCUCGAUUCCAUCGCCCAGAUACUCUCUUCGGCCAGACUUCCUUGCGGCGUUUACCACCAAGGCUCGGACGACAAGUCUGACUACACUAUAUGGAACGCUACCUUGGACAGUUCGGUCUCGAAGAAGCAUAUCCGGGAUGGUUUCUACCCUGUCGAGAUCGUGCCAACCAUCAACAAGUUCUGGGCUGCCCUCAACACACAGUUCGAGUUCCGCAAAGAUGCGUCAUGUGGUUUCCACGUACACAUCUCCAUGUCAACCGGAUCGUACUCGGAUGUUCAGCUCAGAGCCAUGGCCAAAGCAGUGACCUUCUGGGAGCCAGCCACAGCCCGCUGCGCCCCACCAUCUCGACAGGACGACAUCCAAGGAUUUUGCAAGAGCAAUAUCGUCAACACCAGUGCAGCCAAGCCCCUCGCAAGGUAUGGACCUCUUCGCGGCCUCGUAUAUGCCUUUGAUUAUAUCGACCACUCUUCCCGCGAAUCCAUCAUUGAGUACGUGUGCCCAGACAAGCAUCGCGCAUGGAACUUGAAUCCUUGUCGACCCGGAGGACACGGCAGCAUCGAGUUUCGACGUGCACCAGGAGUUUCCACCUCUCAGGCCUCGAUCCACUGGAUCGCCUUCACGAUGGCUUUUCUCGACAUGGCUAUUCAACACAGCCCGGAAUCCAUGGCUUCCCAUGUUCGUGAAUCCGCCUUCGUCCCAGAGGUGUACUUCCCGGAUUUCCGGACCCAACUCCUGGAGUGCGCUGCCCAAUUGCGUAUUGACUCGUGCAUUGAUCUGGAUACCGGCCAGUUUGAAGACCCGGAAGCCCUUCAUUUUACCAUGUCUAGUGAGAAAGUGAUUCAAAAGCUACAGCGGGCUGACCACCGUUACCAUCUAAGCGACAAUUGUUAA